GUGCCAAAAAGACUAAAAACAUUUGUUAAAAGGCCAAAAACGGUCUUUAGUCUUGUGCAGUCCAUAAAAACAUAAAAAACAUUUUCAGACAGACUGCAGAAAGGACACUCGUUUAAAACACCCUGAUUAAUAACCGAUAAAAACGAGUUUGUAGCGAUGGCUCCAUGUAAAAUUCUCCAUUGGAGAUCACCGGUUCGCUUCUUAUUUGGAAGCUUGUUUAAAGUCCUCCAUGGGGGUGCUCUACCAGCAAGUUUAUCCGUCCAUACACAGACUGUGGGGUUCUCGAGGUGUCUUUGAGUCAUUACAGACUCCAUAAACAGUUUUCUGGUCCAUAGUGAAUAAAACCACCAAAAGAAGAAGAAGCAGUAAUCCCUCCCUGGAUCAAACCUGAAACUACAGUAGAUUUGAUAUGGUUAGAAAGGAAAAAAGAAGGUAAUAUUAAUCAUAAACUGAUACAGGAAUAUGUUAAUAGUUUUUAUGGCUAUAUUCAAAUAUAUAAAGAUGCAUCUAAAAGUGUGAGUGAUGGGUUAGGUAUUGCAUUUUAUGUUCCAGAUUUCAAUAUCAAAGUAAAUAAGAGAAUAAAUAAUGAAUUGGCUACUAGAACAUAUAGUGAUGUAUUGUAAGAAAUAUGAAGAAGAAAGAAGGAAUUUGGUUAGAGAUGUUAAUAAGGAGAAACUUAAAUUUUGAUAUCGUAGAUAUUCGUAAAAAAGUAAAAAAAUAAAUGUUAUCAAUAUUUAUUUAAAUAUUUAAUAACAGUAAUAAUUAGAAAGAUUUACCAUCUGUAAAUUAAUAUUAUAGAUAUAGACAUAUAGAUACAUACACAUAAGUAUAUUUGGCAAUAGGGCCAUUUUGCCCCAAACUCCUCACCAGUUGGUGGCGGUAAUGCACACCGGAAAGCUGUUUGCCAACCGCCAAUAAACACAAGAAGAAGAAGAAGAAGAAGAAGAAGAAGAAACCGGAAGCCGACGGCCGUUAUAAGGUGAAGGACUACACCUCUCGUUUCAUUCUCUACAGCGACAACAUUCUGAGCAUUAAGGAUUAUCCAGCCUUGAGCAUAAGAAGAAUCAGCAUUUCUGAAGGUUCUUCAAAGAACGUGGAACAAUUGUAAAGAUGCCUCGCGGCAAAGGUUUUCGCCGUACACAAGCCUUUAAAAGGAAGAUGGAAGACCCCAAACCACUGGAUGUCGAAAUCAAAGUUCAAGAAAGCACGUUUGUGGCUUGUCAAGGAACAGGAACGCGGCAUAGAAGUAGACCUUGGCCGACCUCUUCUGCCAACAAUACCUGCAAACUGGUCAUUCCACCAGAAUCAAAAGACAAGAAAUUUGUCUUUCUUAUCGGAGACUCUCAUCUAAGGGCUAUUGUGGAUGGAUUUGCUCCUAUUAAAGAAGAGAGUCUUUAUUUUGGAUUCUUGGCUGUUCCUGGAGGAGCAGCGUUGGACCUGAGAACCGAAAUCUUGAAUGCUGUGAUACCACGAAUACCUGAUUUAGUCUGUUUGUUAGCUCCAAGCAACACUUUGAAGAGAAGCACCGUUGUCAGUGAAGCUGGGAAACAGUUUAAAAAGCUCCUAACAACUGUUUGCACACUUUUUCCGAAGGUGUUUGUGUUGGAUUUCCCUCCAAGACUAAACGUGGAUCCUCAGGUUCAGUCUCUUUUACGACAAGAAUUCCACAGAGUAUCGGUGCAAUUGGGUGUCUCAUACAAAUCAGUUGCUGAGCUGUUUCCAAUGAGAAAACUGCACCUGUGGAGCAGAGAUGGGGUACACCUAAGUGACGAUGAUGGGAUGAAAAUCCUAAAUAAAGCAAUAUAUGAGGCCUCACAUGAGCAGAUUCACAAGCCAACUGCAGAGACGGAGGUGAUGCCCACCAUGUCAUGCUCUCCUCCAAAGAUGCUUGAGCAGGUUCCCAAGCCAACUGCUGAAAAAGUCUCAAAGUUGCUUUGUACACCUGAGGUUCCAGUUGUGGCCCCACAAGAUCCCUUUGAAUGGAACAUUGUCGGAUCUCACAAUAAGACCUUUCCAACUUCAAGUAAACAAGAAAGCUGUACUUCGCCAAAGAGAGUACUCCAUUUAAAGGUGGAAGAACAAAUGGACUUUUCUGUGGAGCUCAAUCCAAAGUGGUUUGAUGGUGAAAUGCUGGAAAUAUUGGGGGAUGGCAACACACCAACUUUUGGAGAUGCUUCUAUUGCGCCAUUUCAAAAAACUAAGGCUUCUCCAACUUCAAGCCAACAUCAAAGCUGUGCUUCACCAAAGAAAGCACCACAUCUACAGGUGGAAGAAGAAUUGGAGCAGUUUUCGGUGGAGCUGAAUCCAACUGCACCAUUUCAAAAAACAAAGGGCUGUGACAGACUAGUGGCUGGUGGGGAAACUGUCACCAAAAACGGUAAGAGAAGUCUUCCUGAUCACACACUAAUUACAAGAGGUUCAUUUCACCAGGGCCAUGACUACUUUGGUUCAAAUAAAUCAAAACAGUGUGCCACCAAUAGUACUACUACUAUCAUGACUAAUGCCAUUCACAAUGCAAGAACCUGGUCAACAAAUGAUAUUGAUAGACUGUUGCUAAAUGGUGAUAAAAUGUACACUUUCAUGAAGCAGCAUGGCAUGAUUAGUGAUGUCAAUGGUAGUGGAUACGUUUUUGUCAGGGAAUUACCCACAAAAUACACAUUGGACGGAAACACAUUCACCCUACAAUAUUUAGACACAUUUACUGGACAUGUUAACAUCCAAGAAUAUGAUCGGGAUCUUGCCAAUGUUGCUAUGCCUCUAGAUAAGGCUUUACAAAGAGCACUCGAUGACAACGACGCCUGCCUAAUCACAAUUAUGAACAGCACAUGUGCAGUUUUGAAGCAUGAGUCUGGGUUUUCGGUCUUUGAUCCACAUGCACGCGGUGAUGAUGGUGGUCUCGAUUUAAAUGGCUCCAGUAUUCUUGCACACCAUGCCACAGUUGAUUCAUUGAACAUGCACAUCACAAACCUAGUUCAGUCUUUAUGUGGCAAUGAUGAGCUGCAUAAUGCAUACCACUUGUUUGAAGCUACUGGUGUUAAGGUUGUUAGUGAUGGAACAUUUUCUGCUAGGACUGGUGGAAUGGAUACUGACAGUGUAGCAUUGCAGGACAGUUUUGCAAAUAUAGCAAGCCCAGAUGAGAAUAUGCACGGUGUUUCUUUGGAACCAGGUCAUGUAACUGAUGACUCUGUGACGAUAGUGUCUCAAAGUAAUUGCAACAGCCUCACAUUUAGUCCACUGACACUGACUGAAAAACGGAGAAUAUGCACAAAGCUUAACGUUGUCCCAAGUUUUCAGGAAGAGAAGACUGUUUCCAGCAUUACUGUAGAUCAACCUGUGCCUUGUGCAGCCACAAGUAUAAGGUCAGAUGGGAAUUGCUUUUUCCGUGCUCUGUCCUAUGUUUUUAUUGGAUCUGAAGAAAAGCAUAGGUGUGUUCGUUAUGCUAUUGUAAAACAGAUGCUUGCAAAUCCAGAGAUAUACUCAAAAAUUAUUAGACCUCAGUACACGUCUGUGCAACAAUAUGUAACUGCUUCAAAAAUGAAGUAUGUGGGAACUUGGGCCACUGAAGUGGAAAUUCAGGCGGCGGCAGAUUUCUUUCAUGUGGACAUAUACACAUAUACUUCCGAAAAAUGGUUAAGAUAUCCUUCCAACAACACAGAUGGCCAUUGCAAGGGACUCUACCUUAAUCAUUACAACAAUUGUCAUUAUGAACCCAUAACCUGUGUAACAGAUAAAGUCUCUAAUGAGUGUAUCGGUUUCACUUCAUGUCAUGUAAAACACCAUACCAUUAACAAAGACAAAAUCACAAGCUGUAAAAAAGGGGAUACAAGAGAAAAAAGACAAAAGAGAAAGAGGUACAAUUUGGAUGACUUACACCGACAGAUCAAGAAGACUAAAAUCAAGGACUGUUAUGACAAAGACCAAGACUACAGAACUUACAUGCAACAACAGAGUGUUAAGAACUAUGCAACAAAACCAGAUUUCAAAGAAAAGGUUAAAAAGUCCAGUAGAGAUAAGCAUGCUAGUGACCCUAGUUUUCGGGAACACCUCAAACAAUACAAAAAACACAAAUAUGCCAAUGAUCCUAUGGUUAGGGAAAAUGUCAAACAAUACAGCAAAAACAGGUAUGCCAAUAAUCCAGGGUUUCAGGAAAACAUGAAACAGUACAGCAAAGAUAAAUAUGCGAAUGAUCCUGACUUUCAGGAAACCGUGAAACAGUACAGCAAAGAUAAAUAUUCGAAUGAUCCUGAGUUUCAGGAGACCGUGAAACAGUACAGCAAAGAUAAAUAUGCGAAUGAUCCAGAGUUUCAGGAGAACGUGAAACAGCACAGCAAAGAUAAAUAUGCGAAUGAUCCUGACUUUCAGGAAAACGUGAAACAGUACAGCAAAGAUAAAUAUUCGAAUGAUCCCGAGUUUCAGCAGACCGUGAAACAGCACAGCAAAGAUAAAUAUGCGAAUGAUCCCGAGUUUCAGCAGACCGUGAAACAGCACAGCAAAGAUAAAUAUGCGAAUGAUCCCGAGUUUCAGGAGAACGUGAAACAGUACAGCAAAGAUAAAUAUGCGAAUGAUCCCGAGUUUCAGGAGAACGUGAAACAGCACAGCAAAGAUAAAUAUGCGAAUGAUCCCGAGUUUCAGGAGAACGUGAAACAGCACAGCAAAGAUAAAUAUGCGAAUGAUCCAGAGUUUCAGGAGAACAUGAAACAGUACAGCAAAGGUAUAAAUGUAUAUAAAUAUAAACAUCAAACAGACUUUAAAGAAGCUGUCAAACAGAGAAGCAAAGACCAUUAUGCAUCCAUGAGUAAAGAAUCUAAAUUGGAGUUACAAGCCAUGAAUGUUGAAAGGUAUAGAAACAAUUCUCCCCAUCGUAAACGAAUAAAACUUUACCACAAGGAAUUGUAUAAUAUCAGUAUCGAUCAUGCUAUAUCUAUUAAAGAUGCUGUUGGUAAAAGAAGGAAUACUAUAUUUCUCCAAAAACACAACAUCGACUUUGUUAUCAAUCAGUUUAAGAUAAAAGUCCAGUCAGGUCCAACCUAUGUCUGUUGUGUUUGCCACAAGUUAUUGUUUAAACAUCAAGUUGUAAAAUGUAACUUAAACCAAUACAGAAAAAGUGCUUUGGCAGAAUCUGUAGCGAAGAAAUGCAUCACUUAUACAUAUGUCCACACUUGUGGAAAUUCUUGUGAAGUAAAUUGCCAUCUCCAAAAAACCACUGCAAGCAUGUUAUGGAUUUGUCACACCUGCAAUAACAAGAUUCUUAGAGGUGUAGUACCAGAAGACAGUGCUGUAAAUAAUCUCCACCCAGAUCCUAUUCCUGAAGAACUUGAUGCACUAAAUUCAUUAGAACAACAUUUGAUUGCACAACACAUUCCCUUUAUGAAGCUUUUAGCUUUACCAAAGGGAGGCCAAAACGGGGUUCAUGGGCCUGUGACAUGCGUGCCAUCAAGCAGUGAUGCUGUUUGUAAUAUUCUUCCAAGAUUAGAUGAUCAAGAUCUGAUGAUUAGAGUUAAACUAAAACGUAAACUAACAUUCAAGGGUCACUAUGAGUAUCAGUAUGUGAACACGCAAAAAGUUCAUAAUGCUCUGAACUUUUUAAAAGCCCAGAACAAGUGGUACACUGAUGUACAUAUCAACAACGAGUGGUCUAAUCCGUUGGAAAAGGUUACAAUUGAAGAGGCUGGCCAGCCCGCUUGUGGCUCUGGGCCCGCUUGUGGCUCUGGGCCCGGCCAGCCCGCUUGUGGCUCUGGGCCCGGCCAGCCCGCUUGUGGCUCUGGGCCCGGCCAGCCCGCUUGUGGCUCUGGGCCUGGCCAGCCCGCUUGUGGCUCAGUUGAUGUUCCAGAACAUUACACUGAUAACCAGCACCAUGGAAUGUAUUUGGAUACAUGCUUGCAACCUGUUGACAUUGCACAAGAAAUUCUGGACAAUCACUUUGAAAGUAUUUUAUCUGUUGCUCCUGCUGAAGGAAAUAGCCCUGUAAGAUUGCUCAGUGACAUUGCUAAUGAGGCAAAGUGUUUUCCUGUCCUUUUUCCAAAAGGAACAGGCACAUUCCACGAACAGAGAGAUCACAGAAUUACACUUGCUAAAUAUCUAAAAAGCAGAAUAUUAAAUGCAGAUGGCAGAUUUGGAAAGAAUUUGGAAUAUAUUUUCUAUGCACAAUACUUGUCUGAAAUUAAUCAAGUGGUUUCCAAUGUAUCAAUAGCUUUGAGAAAAGGAUAUCAGGGACAGCAUAACACUGAUGUUGCGUCAUCUUCAUCUAACAACCCAGACUUUUUGAAAGACCUCUUAAACUAUGAUAUGGGCUACAAGUUUUUGAAACCAAUUAGAGGCACACCUGUAUUUUGGCAAGGUGUUCAGAAGGACUUGAUGGCCAUGGUGAGAACUCUUGGAAUUCCCACAUUCUUUAUGUCAUUUUCUUCUGCUGAUUUACGCUGGCCAGAAUUUAUGGAAGCAUUUAUGUUUGCAGACAAUGUCAUAGGCAAUAUUGCUGACAUGGAAUGGACCCAAAAGUGUGACUUGUUAAAAAAUAAUCCUGUAACAGCAGCUAGAAUGUUUGACCAUAGGUUUCAUUGUUUGUUAAAAGAAGUCAUCAUGUCUCCAGCUCAACCCAUUGGAAAGGUCAUUGAUUACUUUUACAGAGUAGAAUUCCAGCAACGUGGCAGUUGUCACACACACUGCCUUUUUUGGGUGGAGUCACCUAAGAUUGGUGUAAACACCAAUGAAGAAGUUAUCACAUUUAUUGACAAAUAUGUGACAUGUGAGCUUCCACCUGAAAGUGACCCCAUGCAUGAAGUUGUCUCUGGUGUUCAGAUGCACAGCAGAAAACAUUCUAAAACGUGUAAAAAGAAGGGCACGCCAUGUAGGUUCAAUUUUCCUAGACCACCUAGUAACCAAACCUUUAUUUCAAAACCACAGCCAAAUGUCUCUUGUAAAAAUUCAAAAAAAACAUCAGCUAAAAAACAAAACCAGCCUAACACAGAUCAGCAACAACUACAAAGUCAAGCGCCACCAGAUGAAACCGUGGUUGCCAAACAAAUGAUGGCCAAAGUUAAAGAAGCACUGACAAAUGAAAAUGCAACCUAUAACACCAUUGAUGAUCUUUUCGAUUCCAUUGGCAUCAAUCAAUCAAUAUUUGAAAAAGCUUAUCAAUUAACUGCACACAAACUAAGUGUUGUCCACAAACGCAAUGUAAAUGAUGUGUGGGCUAAUCAAUACAAUAGAGACCUUCUUCGUUGCUGGAAUGCAAAUAUGGACAUUCAAUUUGUCUGUGACGCCUAUGCCUGUGUGGUUUAUAUAAUUUCAUACAUUUCAAAAGCUGAAAGGGAAAUGGGUUUAUUGUUAAAACAUGCCCAGAAUGAAAUAAAAAAUCAAGGUAAUUUGGCAGCAAAAGAAUCCCUAAACAAGUUGGGCAGCAUAUUCUUACACAACCGAGAGGUUUCUGCUCAAGAAAGUGUUUACAGAGUAACAAACAUGAGAUUGAAAGAAGGAUCAAGGAAAGUGGUUUUUGUGCCAACAGGAGACAACAUUGUUAAAAUGAGCCUUCCACUCAGUGUAAUACAGAGCAGGGCUCAAAACCUUGACCCAACCAAUAACCAGAUAUGGAUGACCAAUAUCACAGAUAGAUACAAAAAUAGACCCAAAACACCUGAAUUUAGAGACAUGUGUUUAGCAACCUUUGCCUCUGAAUACAGAUGUGUUCCCAAAAGUCAAAAAUCCUCUGUUAUAUCACUUAAUAACAAAUGUGGCUAUGUUCAAAAAAGGACCAGGUCAGAUGCAGCUGUUGUCAGAUAUGCUCGUUUCUCCCCAACACAAGAGCCUGAAAAACAUUAUCAAAGCUUGCUUCAGUUGUUCUUGCCCUAUUACUCAAAUGAUGAGAUUAAACCAUCAGAUUUUUUAACUUUCCAAGAGUUUUAUACUGAAGGUUCCUUUACAACUGCUUCCAAACAAAUACAACCUGUCAAAGAUGUUGUCGACCAUAACAGAUCAAAAUUUGAAAUUAAAGCAGAGGAAUUGCAACAUUGUCAAGAUCAUGUCGAAGACCAUGGAUUUCGGGAGGAUGGUUGGGCUAACUUGUGUCCUGAGUCUGAAUUAGAUCGACUAGAAUGCCAAGCAGAAAGUGCUUUAAACAACAAUAAAAAUCCUGAUGAAAGGGAAGAAAUUCCAGAUCUUGAACUAGUAGAAAAAACACCUUUUGCAGUAGAGUUCAGAAAGCAAAACAUCACACACGAGGAAGGCCAAUCACUCAUGCGUUCUUUAAAUGAACAACAGGCUGAAGUGUUCUACAAGAUACGACAGUGGUGCGUUGAUAAGGUUAAUGGAAAAAACCCUAACCCAUUUCAUGUUUUCAUUUCUGGAGGAGCAGGUACAGGAAAGUCGCAUUUGAUAAAGGCGGUGUAUUAUGAAUCAAACAGAAUACUUGCACGACUAUCAGACUAUCCAGAUGAUACUCAUGUUUUGCUAACUGCUCCAACUGGUGUUGCUGCAUUAAACAUAAAUGCAACCACAAUACAUAACAGUUUUGCAAUAGGUAACCAAAUUUCCCUACCAUAUCAACCAUUAAGGGAAGAGAAAAUAAAUACAUUGAGAGCCAACUUACACAAUUUGCAGAUACUAGUCAUAGAUGAAAUCUCAAUGGUUGACAACAAAAUAUUAACAUACAUUCAUGGUAGACUGCGACAAAUAAAACAAUCAUCAGACUUUUCACCUUUUGGUAAUGUUUCAGUGAUUGCUGUCGGAGAUUUUUUUCAGCUGCCACCUGUCAAAGGAAAGCCCCUUUACAAAGAAGAGGCUGGCUUCUGCUUAUGGCAUAACACUUUUACACACAUUGAGUUAACUGAAAUUGUUCGACAAAAGCAUCAACAGUUUGCCAUGACACUAAACCGCAUUAGGAAACACAAAAAAGGCAUGAAGCUCAAUGAAAAUGAUGAAAGACUAUUGAAACAACGAGAAACAGGUACGUCUGACUUUACAGAAGACCUUCACAUUUUUGCAACAAAUUCUGACGUGCAUACCCAUAACUUUAACAUGCUGCACAAGAUUUGCACAGACAUUGUUCAAAUUAAAGCACAGGACUUCAAAAAAAAUCAGCAAACAGGUACUUGUAUUAGAUUAUCUCAAACACAAGCUACUCAUGAAAACACAUAUUUGGAAAAACUAUUAAGUGUUGGGACAAAAGCUAGAGUGAUGCUGAUCAAAAACUUGGACAUUUCAGACGGUCUGGUUAAUGGAGUGUUUGGUACUGUAAUUCAAAUCAAGUUUUCUGAAAAACGCAUUGCACAUACGAUUUAUGUACACUUUGAUGACAAGAGAAUAGGUACAAAACUGAGACAUAAAUUCCCCUGUUCUGAUCCAGAACUUAAAUAUGCAACUCCAAUACAUCAAGAUGAAGACAAAUUGGCAUACACUGGAGGCAUUAGAAGACAGUUUCCAUUACGACUUGCUUGGGCAUGCACUAUUCACAAGGUGCAAGGCCUAACAUUAGACAGAGCUGUGGUAUCAUUCAAAAAAAUCUUUGCUGCUGGCCAAGCUUAUGUAGCAUUAAGUCGAGUCAAAUCAGUUGACAACCUUGUCAUACAAGAUUUCAAACCCACUGCAAUUUAUGCAAAGCCUGACAUAGAAGACAAUCUAAAAGUAAUGACUAGCUUCAUUAGCCCUUCAUUAAACCCAGUACCCAACAGCAAUCUAUCUCUCAGUCUACACAACAUCCAAGGGUUACCAAAUCAUAUAAAAGAUCUUAAAAGUAACCUUAAGAUGUUGGAUACAGACAUAAUAUGUCUAACAGAGACAUGGCUUGAAGACAAUAAACCGCUCAACUUUGUAGAAAUGCCAGGUUGGAUAUUCAAACACAAAACAAGAUCCCAAUCAUACAUUGACACAGCUAACACUUGCAGCUUGAAAAAUAGAAAUCAUGGUGGUAUUGGUGUUUUCUACAAAAAUACGAUUGCUUGUAAUAUUCUUGAUGUACAGUAUGACGAUUUAGAAGCAAUUGUAUUUAAUGUACAACCUCAUGACUACAACGUGUUACUGUUGUACCGUCCACCAUCAUAUAACGUCUCUCAUUUUAAGAUGCGCUUGGGUAGUGCUUUAAGCCUUUUCGAUACCCUUUCUGGACCAAAGAUUGUUCUGGGUGACUUCAAUGACAAUGCUCUGACUUCUAAUUCCAUACUGGAUUUCAUGGGUCAAAGAUUAUACAAUCAAAUAGUAACCACACCAACAACUGACGGUGAGACUUUAAUCGACCACAUUUACAUUAAGGACUUUGGUCCAACAACAGUCAGUGCUACAGUUAUACCGACGUACUACAGCUACCACAACAGCAUCUUCAUGACUUUCAUUUGACCAAAAAUAAUCUUAUAUUUUAGAUAUGCAGAAAGCAACCCCCCCCUUUUUUAGAUCAUUACUAAAAAGGUAAAACGCAUAUCAUGAAGUUCUGAUACAUUCAACCUCAGACCCAUAAAACAAAAAUAUAACUGUAUUCACUUUUCUAAUAUCUUCAACAACAGUCAAUAUUUUUUUUGUGCUCCAAAAACCUUAUUGACCUGAAUAGAUCUGCCUACCAAUUUUAUCAUUGAUAAUAAAUGCCAACCUAUGAUAAACACACAUAAUGGAAGGAACAGAACAACAGAGAAGAAACACCAAUUCAAUUAACCAAAAAAUUGCCAUGCUUGGAUACAAAAUAGGUAUAGAUAAUCAAGAACAAGGGUCCCCUAAGACCAACUUGCACACAUUACAUAAACAAAUUACUUCAGUCACAUUUGCUUCCACAGGUUUUGAUAACUCUUGAUUUUUGUUUGCUUUAUUUUUGUAUAUUGUAUUCACAUGUAUGCUUUUUUUUUUCCUUCUAAACUUCAUUUUUUUUCUGCACAUUUGUGUUAAUUUUUUUUACUUCAGUCUUUUUUUUUUGCAACUUUUUUAAGUUUGCAAAUGUAUCGUUUUGUGCCACAUUUUUCAAUUUUUGAUUACUUUUUAAAAUUUACACUUUUUAAAUCUUUUUACAGAUUGAAAUCUUUUGUGUACUUCUCAUUUAUUUAAGACAACUUUUGACAAUCUAAAUUUUUUUCUCACAAUUUUUUUAUUUUUUCCAAAUUUUAUUAUUGAUUUUUGUUUUAAUUGCUUUUUAAUUUUCAAAUGUUUUGCAUGUUUACAGUGAUACUUUUUCCAAUUUGGGUAUUUAAGUUUUUUGGAAACAUUUUGUUUAUUUUAAAGCAUCUCCUUACCAACUGUAUAUAACAACUUUAUGGUAAAAGUCAUAUGUUGUUCCACUGGUAAAAGCAAAACUGUUCGGCUCUCAAUGGCAAUCAGACAACAAUUCUAACUGCCACUAUGCCAAACAGGACACAACACAUUUAAGCAAAAUUCAAUUUUUCCUAAGUUUACUUGUAUCUUUUACUGAAUUAUUUUUUGUGCUUAUUUACAUUGUUUGUAUUGUUUUAAUAAAAUU